AUGACUCUAAUCUCACGUACCUGUUGUCACUUCGGGGGCGUCCAAUUACCGGUGCAGUCGACGUCGCCGAUGGAGAUUCUAUUGGAUUUGGCUAACGCUCUAGCCAAAGAUCAAUGGAGCAUCAGUGCGAAAAUGGUCGGCUCACCGGAGACACGAGAACUACUGGUUAUAUUGGUAUUGGCCUUUGGCUUUUGCCUGGGUGGCUCAAAGGAUCCAGAUGCGGAUGCCAAGUGGAUGGCACCUCUAAAACAAUAUGGUUACACUGCCAAGCAUCUGAAGAAUAAGGUGGAGCAUGGUGAAUUCACCACCUUUGAGCUGGGUACUCCCAAUUAUCGGAUCCUGAACCCCGAAGACGAACCGGAGUACAUAACCGCAGAUCAACCGCAUUACCAGGAGAUGUUGAAACGACUGACAAGUGCUCAAAGUGGAACGGAUACUAUAGAUAUGGAAAUGGCUGGUCGUGGCGAUACUGUUCGAGAGGUUCCGGAUCAAAGCCGAUCCAUUAAAAAGUCUGAAAUCCAAACGACAGUUAAACCAAAACCACAUCUCCGAGCUAAUCGCUGGGAGAAACUAAGGAAGCGAAGCUCCAUUGAGAGGAGGUUCAAGGAAGCCAUGGAGACUGAUGCAGCAGAUGGGCGAAGUUUUAUUCCGGAUAUUCAGGUUUACUCCGGAGCUAGACCAUUUCAAAAUCGUGUGGCCAAUCUGAAUUAAUCGAAAUUCGAAGUUCGCGUUGUUCUUAGUUUGAAAUUUAUUCAUGAUUUUGUUUUUACAUUGAAUUUGAAGCAGUUUUUUGUGAAUAAAUAUCAGAUGGUAGUUUGAACAACAAACAUUUUUAUUGGGUAAUAUUAAAACAAACUAAAUUGAAGAUUUUUGUGCGUUGACGAGAAGGUUGAAGUUCAACAUUUUCGCUGAUUUGUAGAAAAUGCAUUUAUUUAACCAAUAUUUACUUCCAACUUAAAUAAAGAGUAAAAAUUUUCUAUCUUGCAUUUAAAACUUUAA